CAAAUUUUCUACGGGGUACUGAUUCUUUGUUGACAUCACAAAAGAAAAAUUUCGGAAAAUCGUAAUAAAUUAUUCAAUACGUUUUAUUUCGUGUAAUAUCUUUGUGCAAUUAGCAGUGCAUCUUUGGAAUUUUUAUUUUAUUGAAUACAUUAUUCAUCUCCGGAGUCCCUAUGUUAUUUCUAGAUGUCUGUACUGGUUUCACUGUGUCUGCUGAAGCUUGAGAUAAUUGACGACGUAAACAGCGUCAUGAACUCUUCAGCCGAAGAAAAUGCUGCUGCUGGUGGCGGAGGUGCCGUCUCGGUCGAACAUCCUACCAAUCCCCGACAUCAACGCGAUAUGCGCGGCCAGCGAAAACCGAAAAAGAUCACCAUCGAAAGCUACAGGAAUAGGCUGGAUUCGGCGGUGGAACUGGGAGGCGAUGAGUCCCGUCACGUAGGUGUUCUUCCGAAGAGCUCUCGCGAGCAAACGCCAAUGGACGAUAUGCCCCCGAUUCAGAACACGCACCCGGGGGAGUUCCCUGGGGAAAUAAACUUUUUCUCGGGCAAUCCUUUCGUCGAAGUAACCAAAGGCAUUUUGCAUCUUUUCAAGCGGAACGAACGUGCCGAUAUUACCGAUGGACCUUCGAGAACCCUGUGUCUAAUAGCGGUGCCAUCAUCGCUCAACUGUCAUGAUAUUCUGAACUUCAUUGCUCCGUGUCACUCGGUGAUUCAGCACGUGCGGAUUCUCCGAGAUGGUUCGCCCAACCAGUUUAUGGUUCUGCUGGAGUUCCGUUGCGUUGAAGCGGCCGUUGAGUUCUAUCAAACCUUCAAUGGUGCCCCGUACAACAGCCUGGAGCCAGAUUCGCUGUGCCAUGCGGUUUGGGUGUCCGCUAUUGAGUGGGGAGAUGAUGGGAUCGCCCCGCAAGGUCACACUGAGUUGCCCAUGUGCCCGGUUUGCUUGGAACGAAUGGACGAGAGCGUGGACGGAGUGCUUACGAUAUUGUGCAAUCAUGCCUUCCACGCAGGAUGUCUCAUCAAGUGGGGGGAUUCAACAUGCCCCGUCUGUCGGUGUAUUCAAACGCCCGAACUGUCAGAGACUUCUGUGUGCAUGGAAUGUGAAGGAACGGAAGCACUUUGGAUUUGUUUGAUCUGCGGUCACAUUGGGUGUGGUCGGUAUCAGGGUGGUCAUGCUGCAUCCCAUUAUCGGUCUACCAACCACACAUACGCUUUACAGUUGGGAACCAAUCGUGUUUGGGACUAUGCUGGAGACAACUUCGUUCAUCGACUGUUGCAGAGUAAAUCCGAUGGAAAAUUGGUAGCCACCCAGUCGCCGGGUAACGAUGGGGACGAAAAAAUUGAUUCGAUGCAGUUGGAAUUCACAUAUCUAUUGACGUCGCAGCUCGAUGCUCAAAGGGAAUACUACGAAGAAAAACUAAUGCGAGUAGAAGGAGGCAUCGCUGGCGAUAAGCAGAAGCUGAUACAAGAAGCAGAGGGAAUUAGAAAGAAGAAUGCAUCAUUAGAAGGAAAAAUUCAGACAUUGAGCAAGGAGAAAGCAGUUUUGGAGAAAAAGAUUAAUCAACUAUCAGCUAAAAUGACAACUGCACUCAAAGAACUUUCCGAGGAAAAACAAUUCGGCGAAACACUACAACUGAAUCAGUCUUCAUGGCAGACCCAAUUUUCGUCUCUAGAGAAGAAGUGCGCGGAAAAGGAGCAGGAAAUAACCGAAUUGAAGGAACAGGUUCGGGAUCUGAUGUUCUACUUGGAGGCGCAGAACAAAAUUGCUAAUUCGGAAUAUAAGGACGAACUUGCCGGAGCGUCGGUGGAAGUUCCAAAGGCUAUCAAGCGGCGUUCUAAGAAGAAAUAAUUGGUUUUCAUGCAAGGAAUAGGAUGUUGAUAACCACAUUAAAAAAUUUUGAUUGUUAAACGGUUGAUUGCCAUUAGUAGGACUCGAUUAGAUGACGCUUCUGCAACUGAUAACCAACAUUAUGGUCGAUAGAUUCUGACAUUGAAUAAAUUUUAUUUCAAGUUUGUGAUUGUGAUAUUUCCUAUCAAGAUAAAUAAUAAACCAAAUGCUUGAAUCAAAUAUA